UCCUGGUAGGGUAUUAAAGUGCGGGCUGCCCGCUGUCUCGCCACUGUGGUGGAGAGCGGGCGCAUCGGGGCAUCAUGUCCCGAGUACAGGAGGACGCCGACUCUGACGAUGACCUCCGGCAAGUGAAGGCGCUGACCGAGAAGCUGAAACUCCAGACCCGGAGGCCGUCCUUCUCUGAGUGGAAGGAGAAACUCGAGGUUCAGCCCUGGAAGGGGAGCGGCGAGUCCGAUCAUCAGCCGGGAGCAGGAGGUGGGAAUAGUGCCCUGUCCCCCGGGCAGAAAGCCGGCGCCAGGAUCGACAUCUCCCUCCACACCAUCUGCGGCUUUGCCAACAUCGCCGAGGCCGUGGGCUGGGUGAGGGCAGAGCUGCGAGAGAUGCAGUCGCUGGACCACCAGCUGGCCCGGAAGCUGAUCUGCCUACGGCGGGAGAUUCACCGGCUGAAGGUUGAGCAGGUCUGCCACCAGCACAAGGAGAUGCUGGACGACGUGACGUACGGACUGGAGGAGUGUGAGGAGCAGUCCGACCUACUCUGUGACAUACCCCUCAAAGCAGCGUUCAGCCUCUCCACGCCCCUCAAACACAUCGGGGUGACCAAAAUGAACAUAAACUCUAGAAGGUUCUCUCUCUCCUGAGCCAAUUCCUUAGAGAGACUCCCAACCAAAAGACCGACAAAUAGAUUGUGGCUGAGCCCCUCUUGUGAGGGUAUCAACUGCUGCCUUGGGUCUGAGCUUCACUACAACGUAGCUUUGUGCUACAGCAGUUUCAGUCUCUCUUCAGUGUACUUGCACAAGGUCACACACGGUGCGGAGCCAGUGCGUGUUCAUGGUGGCUGCCGAUGUGGGCGGGAUAUACCAUCAGGGCAUUGUUGAUGGAGUUUUCUGCCUUAGCACUGAGAAUUUGAGCAGGAAGGCAGUGAUGUGUGGUGGUGGUAGUUAGAGGUAUGGGCUGAGGAUAUGGCAGCUAAUUUUGUUUUAAUGAAAGCGGCAGCAGUUAGCAAAACACUCCACAGCACUGGCUGUAAGAUUGGGGUUCAGUUCCCUCCACUGCCUGUAUGGAGUUUGUACAUUCUCCCUGUGACCGCGUGGGUUUCCUCCAGGUACUCAGGUUUCCUCCCACAGUCCAAAGACUUUCCUCUCGGUUAAUUGGUCAUUGUAAAUUGUCCCGUAAUUGGACUAGGGUUAAAUCAGGGGUUUGAGAAUGGAGUUUUCCUUCUCGAUGAGCUGCCAGCCAUGGCUGAUGAGCCCCAUCUGCCUGAAGCAACUGGUUUUGAGGCACCAGUAACCCGCCUUUGCCCCCUUCUCCUGUCGGUAGAAACGGUUCCUCCGGCUUAGCUAAGCCACACAUGAAGGCCAAGAGCUGGACUUGGUUUUCAGAGGCUAUUUGAGACCCACACCUUUGGGGGCAUUUAAUAGGUAGUGGGAGCUUGUCCCCACUACCCUCACCUGGCGAAAACAACCUUAAGGAAUCUUUAAAUAAAUAAUGAAUGUGGUUACAUAUGCUGGCUGUCCCGUACAAUCCUUGUUGAUUUGAUUUGAGGCAAAUGAUGCAUUUCACUUUCUUUUGAUCUACCUGUGACAAAUAAAGCUAAUCUAUAAAAUCUAGUCUAACUGCCAUUUCACACACAAAAGGCAACCUAACAUAAACACAGGAAAUUCAGAGAACAUCUGGUGGGUCAGUCAGUAUCUGUGAGACCCAGUCAAUGCUUCAGGGCAGUAAACUUCAGUCAGACUUUCUGAAGCAGCACACACAAAAUGCUGGAGGCGCUCAGCUGGGCAGGCAACAUCUAUGAAGAAGAGUAAACAAUCGAUAUUUCAGGCUGAGAAGGAAUAUUGGGGUGAGUGGUUGAUGCGAGGGCAUACACACCCAGCCCUGAGACACCAGGCAAGAUCUUUUGAUUCCGAACAAUUGGUUUAUUGAUCAUUACAAAAUGUCUCUCUGGUGCUCCCCACUCCCUCUCCUCUCCCUUCCCUUUUUCCCAACCAUGAUUCCCCUCUCCCUGCCUCCUUCCCACUCUCAGUCCACAAUGGAGACCCAUAUCAGAAUCAGGUUUAUCAUCACUCACAUAUGUCAUGAAACUUGCUUUUUUCUGCUGCAGUAGCGUGCAAUACAUAAAAUUACUUCAGUACUGUACAAAAGUCUCAGGCUCCCUGUCUACAUAUAUGUGCCUAAGAUUUUUGCACAGUACUGUAUUUCAAGAUGAAUCCAACCCUUCCUUCCCACACAGCCCUCCAUUUUUCUAUCAUCCAUGUACCUAUCUAAGAGAUUCUUAAACAUCCCCAAUGCAUCUGCCUCUACCACCAGCCCUCACAGGGUGUUCCACACACCCACCGCUCUGUGUAUAAAAAAGAACUUACUUCUGACAUCCCCCUCUGCACUUCCCUCUAAUCACCUUAAAAUGAUUCCCUCUGGUAUCCUGGGAGAAAGUCUCUGGCUGUCCAUUUGACCUAUGCCUCUUAACAUUUGAUAGUUUUAUCAUUUCGAUGGGGAUGAGAAGGAAUCAGGAUUGGAAUAAUGGUAUACGUUUUGAAGCAGCAGUACAUUGCAACACGCAAUAUGAAUUGCAGUAAGAAAUAUAUCUAAAAAUUAAAUUAAAUAGUGCAAAAAGAGGAGAAAUAAAAAGGGGGGAAAAGUGAGGUAGUGUACAUGGGUUCAUUGCCUUGUGGGCUCUGGGAUUGUGCAUUCCAGUGAGAGGUGGCGUGACAGAAUAAGUUCACGGACAGUGGAUUUUAAAGAAGGGAAUACACUGGGGACUGGUCAAAGGUAAUCAGUAAUUGAAUUAUUAAUCACAUGUACCAAGGUACAGCAAGAAACUUUUGUUUGCCUGACUUCCCGUAGAUCAUUCUGUAAAUACACAGAGGUGAUAAACAGGAAAAGCAACAACAGGAAGCAGAACAAGUGUUACAUUACAGCAGGUAGACUGUCUAGUGAAAACCACGGACUCAUCCCCCGAUAUUACUGAAUGGUGGGGUAGGGGAGAGGGGAUCUGUGUGUCACACUUCCUCCUGUCUCGUGUCCCAACAGCGCUCGUAUUGCGCAUCAUCUUUUUGAUACUUGCAUUUCAGGUCAGGCUGACCCAGAACUCUGUGACACAUUACCCAUGGGAUUAUCCUAUUGCCAAAAAAACAGCUUUAAACUUGUUCAGAUGUGCUGUCUCUGCCUGUAUUGCUGUGCUAGCCCAUGGAAUCAAGUCUAAUGGCUCUAUCUGAAUCAUCGCCCCCUCCUGUAUCUGUUGCUGUAGCUUCCUUUUGGCAGCUGUUCCUUUUGACACAGAGGGUAAACUUAAAGACUCAAUCUCCCAUCCCACUGAAACUGAAAACCUGGGCUCUAUUAUGUCAGUGUGUACCUCCUUCCCCAAAUCUGCCUAACUUGCCAACCUGUUCUUCUCCAGCAGGUGAACAGCCCAAAUAAUAAAAUUAGCUGUAAAUAUCAAGAACAUGAAUGAAGAAUCUUUGAAAAUGGGUCCAUAGGUUGUGGGAACAGUUCGGUGAUGGGGCAAGUGAAGUUAUCCUCUCUGGUUCAAGAGCCUGAUGGCUCAGGGGUAACAACUGUUCCUGAAGCGGUGGUGUGGGGCCCGUGUCUCUUGUACCUUCUCCCUGAUGACAGCAGUGAGAAGAGAGCAUGGCCUGGGUGGUGGGGCUCCUUGACGAUAGAUGCUGCUUUUCUGUUACAGCAUUUCAUGUAGAUGCCUCAAUGGUGGGGGAGGGCUUUACUCAUAAUGGACUGGGCUGUAUCCACUACUUUUUGUGGGACUAGACCUUAUCUACUACUUCAAUGAUCCAUUGAUGAUCUGAUAAUGCACCUUGGAUCCUUUCCCAAGUUAAUGUUGCUGUCUGUAUUCCUGAAGGGAGGGCUAAAUCAUGGGUUAUAUUCACGGUGAAAUGAGGAACUCCUGUUUGGUCCAAACUGUCAGAGUUGAAAUUAAACAGGUAAGUUAUCAUCACCCAAGGGUUAAGAGAGAGGGGAGUAUAGAAAGGACAGUUUAACUAAAAGUUAACGUAACUGGUUUAUAUUUGAGCUGUGGAAAGGCACGAGGUGCUGCUCUUUAAUUGCAUUCUGUUUUUGAGUGAUUUGAAUGAAUACAGAACAGUCAGAUUUUCCUCCAGUCCAGAUGUUUACCCCUCAACUGACGUUCUCAAGGCAUUUUCCCACUUCAUUUCAUGGUAAUUCACGGAGAGUCGAGUGGGAAAAUUCUGGUAGAAAUUCACCCAUUAGCCGUCUAACUUCCAGAUUGUCACUAUUCACAGAGAAUGAGUGAGAGAACUCUGGUAGGAAUUCAUCUGUUAAUUAUAUAGCCUUCAGAUUGUCACUACUCAUGGAGAGGGAGUGGGAAAACUCCAGUAGAAAUUCAAUCAUUAACUCUAUAACUUUCAGGUUGUCACUAUUAUGUGCUGUUUCGUUUCUUGGGAUAUUGAAUACAAUUUUAAAAAGUUAUUUGAAUGAUUCAAUUCCAAGCAAACUGCAGUUGCAAUUAACUCACAACUAUGGCAUAAAAGUUGUCUCAAUGAAGCAGAAUAUUUCAAGGAGCUUCCCAGGAGUUCAACAAAUAAAUGUGGCAGGGAGGCACACAAGGUGCUUUGAAGGAGGGCGACCAGAAACAGGGUGGGGUUGAAGGAACUUCUCAGAAGACAGAGCAAACCUGAACAAGUUUUAUUGCCACUGAAAUUAGUUGUUUUGCAACAGCAAUACAGUGCAAGAUGUAAAAAAUACUGUAAGUUACAAAAAGCAAUAGUGCUAAAUGUUCAUGGGUUCAUAGACUGUUCAAAAAUCUGAUGGUGUGGGAGAAGAAGCUGUUUCUAAAUCAUUGAGUGUGGUCUUCAGGCUCCUGUACCUGGCAGCAAUGAGCAGAGGAUAUGUCCUGGAAUGGCUGCUGAUGGUGGGAUGACAGCACUGACUGAGCACCAAGACAGGAUUGGUCAGGCUUGGGGAUCCUGUGAUAGUUGUGGGGCUGGAAGAGGUAACUGAGUUGGAUAACAGAGAACUGUGUGAUGCGUUGAAGCAAAAUAAAUUUAGAAUUGUUAUCAGAUUUACAAUGAGAGUAAUGAGGAAAGCCAGGAGAGCUGAGAACAGGGGCGACAAUGGCAGUGAUGAUAGUUUCACAGUCUGUAACCUAAGGCAGACCCUGGUCUGAGCUAAGUUAAGGUGAUGGAAAUACGCCCAACAAGCAGGAGGAAGUCUAACCACAGCCCCUUGCAUGAACAUCACCAACUCCAUCCCAUUUGCCACAAGGGCACAGCAUCCUUCAUCCCAUCAUGGACUCCAGUGAAAACCUCGUCACCUGACACACUGAAAGUAAAUGGACAGAAUGUAGACAACAAACAAUACUAAAAUGAAAGUGAUUUAAGGCCUGAGAAGACAGCCCUUCAAUUCUCUUGGCUCCUAUGUGAUCAAACCUUGGGACCAUUUCAUAGACUAUAGCACCAUAACAUACAGGAGCAAAGUUAGACCAUUUGAUCCAUUGAGUCUUCUCUGCCAUUCCAUCAUGGCUGAUUUAUUAUCCCUAUCAACCCCGUUCUCCUCCCUUCUCCCCAUAACCUUUUACGCCCUAUCUAAUCAAGCUCUGCCUUAAGUCUACCCAAUGACCUGGCCUCCACAGCCGCCUGUGGCAAUGAAUUCCACAGAUUCACCAACCUCUGGCUAAAGAAAUUCCUCUUUAUCUGCUGUGGGGGAGGGGAGAUGUGCAACCGGACCUUGGUAUUGGUUUAUUAUUGUCGCCUGAAAUGCUGCAAUUGGAAAGCGGUAUCCAUCAGCAGGGAUCCACACCUCCCAGGUCAUUCUCUGCCACCCACUCCGGACAUACACUCUUCUUCCCAGAGGAUACCAAGGAUGAGAGUCAAAACCACUAGGUUCAAGGACAGCUUCUCCCUGCUGUUUUAAAGCUCUUGAACAGACCCGUCAUUCACUAAAAGCUGAACUCGAACUCUUGAUCUCCUAUUGUUCCUCAUUGUGGUCCUUGUACUUUCUCAGUCACUGUAAAACCAUAUUCCACAUUCUGUUCCCUUCUUCGACCUGGAUGUAUUUGUGUACAGCAUGACCUCUCUGAAUAGCUCAAAAAGAAAUGCUUUUCACAGGAUCUCAGCACACGUGACAAUAAUAUACCAAUACCAAGACUGAGUCAUACAUCUCACCUCCCCGCAGAGCAGAUAAGGAGGGAUUUCUUUAGCUAGAGAGUGGUGGUGAUUCUGUGGAAUUUAUUGUCAAGGGCCAGGUCACUGGGUGUAUUUAAGGCAGAGGUUGAUAGGUUCUUGAUUAGUCAGGGUGCCAAAAGUUAUGCGGAGAAGGCAGGAGAUUGGGUUGAGACAGAAAUGGAUCAGCCAUGAUGAAAUGGUGGAGCAAACCUAAUAGGCUGAAUGGCCUAAAUCUGCUCCUAUAUCUUUUGAUUUUAUGGUCUAACCUCCUCCGCACCUUUCCCAGGUGGUGACCACAAUCUUCCAGCUGUGGUAUUCCUAUGUAUUCCUGUAAAUGUCUUACCCUUGUUAGACCUCCAGAAGCCCAAUAUCUCAUGCUCACCAGAUCUAAAUUCCAUCUGCUAUUGUUCUGUUCUUUGGACCAUCUGCAGUGUAAGGCCACCCUCCCUCACUGUUAACAGCAGGUCAUCCAUGAACUUGCAAGUCAGACCUCCUACAUUCACAUCUCCGCUGUUGACCAGGUAUUCAACAGUCAGAGUCCAACACCACUUGUCGUGGGUCACUGGUCACAGGUACAGUCCCCAACGUCACCCUCUGUUUCUCGUCACCAAUCCACAACUCUUCUGACCUGCAUAUUGACCCAGGGAAAGGGUAGAUCAGUAAUUAUGGUUUCACUUGAAUCACCCCAGUGUCAUAGAGUCAUGGCGUAAUACAGCACAGAAACAAGUCAUUCAGCCCAAUUGGUCCAUACUGAACACAGCGUCCUCCUUGGUAGUCUCUGGUGCCUGCAUUCAAUGCAUAACCCUCCAUAAGACCAUAAAACCAUAGGAUAAAGAAACAGAAUUACACCAUUUCAUUAUGUCUGAUCCAAUUUUCCUCUCAGACUCAUCCUCCUGUCUUCUCCCCAUAUCCCUUCAUGCCCUGAUCAAUCAAGAAUCUACCAACCUCUGUGUUAAAUACACCCAAUGGCUGAGACUCCCCAGUUGCCUGCGGCAACGAAUUCCACAGAUUCACCACACUCGUACCCACGUCAUUAACCUCUGUGUGAGAAGUGACCGCUCAGGUAUUUUUUAAAUCUCUCUCUUCUUCCCUUGUAUCUCAUUCCCUCUGGUUUUGGACUUCCCAGCAAUGGGGAAAAGACAAUGACCACCCACCUCAGCCAAAUCCCUCAUGACGUUAUGAACUUCUAUGAGAUCACCUCUCAUUCUCCUAAGCUCCAGGGAACAAAGCUACAAAGGCUCCCUACAUUUGACAUUUAUUGCUGUCGUAUAGUUAUCCCGAUUUUGUUUUAUGGAAAAAUAGGAUUUAAUGUUUCAGAAUGAAAGUGAUCUGAGAGGGUGGGCCUUCUAACUUUGUCGUUUGCAAUCAAAUUUUUUUCCCAGUCUGAAUAAAAUCUUUGUGACUCA